CGCACCGUCGCGUGAAGUGUGGAGGUUGGGGGGCUGUUAUUGAGGCCUCACCAGUAAUAUCUGUGUUAGGUUCGGGUUACAAGAUAGCUCUUGGAUCUUCAACACCUAGUCAGAACCUGAAAUGGCAGAAAUGAUCCCGCAGAACUUACGGGAGCCUGUGGAGGAGGAGGAGACAGAGGCAAAUCAGCUGCUGCUACGCCACGCGUCGCAGAGCUCGCUGGACGAGAGCUCGCAGCGGCAGGGGCAGCGCGAGGCGGUGCCGGACCGGCCGCCCUACCGCAACGGCUCCCACUGCAGCCGCGCCUUCCAGCAGAUGUACUCCAUGCGCAGGGAGAGGGCCCUGUGUGACGUCGUGCUGGAGGUCGACUCGCGGGAGAUCUUCGCCCACAAGGUGGUCCUGGCGUCGGCGAGCCCCUACUUCAGGGCCAUGUUCACCAGCUUCGAGGAGAGCCGCCAGAACCGCGUCAAGCUGCAGCAGAUGGAUCCGUCGGCACUGGAGGCGCUCGUCAACUACAUCUACUCGGCCGAGAUCCGCGUCACCGAGGGGAACGUGCAGAUCCUGCUGCCAGCCUCCAACCUCCUCCAGCUGUCGGACGUCAGGGACGCCUGCUGUGACUUCCUGCAGAGUCACCUGCACCCCACCAACUGUCUGGGGAUCCGGUCUUUUGCCGAUCUGCAUGGUUGUAUCGACUUGAAGACAAACGCCGAUGCCUACAUCGAGCUCAACUUCAGUGAGGUGGUGGAGUGCGAGGAGUUCCUCACCCUGACCGCCGACCAGGUGAUCCAGCUGAUCUCCUGCGACCGUUUGUCGGUGGCCAACGAAGAGAAGGUGUACGAGUGCGUCCUGAGGUGGAUCAACUACGACCUGCCGGCGCGGGAGCGGCACCUCGCCGACCUGAUGUCACAGGUGCGCCUGCCGCUGCUAUCGCGGGACUUCCUCGUGCAGCAGGUGAAGAAGGAGCCGCUGCUGCAGCCGAACGCCGCCUGCAAGGACUACCUGAUCGAGGCGCUGCUGUACCACCUGUCCAUCUCGAACGAGGGCGGCCCGGCUGUGGAGAGCCUGCGGACGAAGCCGCGCCAGCCGGUCGGCCUUCCCAAGGUUCUGCUGGUGGUCGGCGGUCAGGCGCCUAAGGCCAUCCGCUCUGUGGAGGCGUACGACCUGAAGCAGGAGCGCUGGCACCAGCUCUCGGAGAUGCCCAUCAAACGCUGCAGGUGUGGCGUGGCUGUGCUGGACGGCAAGGUCUACACGGUGGGCGGCUUCGACGGCUGCCUGCGGAUCCGUACCGUCGAUCUGUACAACCCGGCCAGCGACACCUGGCAGAGCUGCGUGAACAUGGAGGUUCGCCGGUCGACGCUAGGUGUCGCCGUGCUCAACGACUGCAUUUACGCCGUGGGAGGCUUUGACGGCAGCACGGGCCUCAACACGGCCGAGAUGUUCGACCCACGCGUCGGCGAGUGGAAGAUGAUCGAGCCGAUGUCGGUGCGGCGCAGCAGCGUUGGCGUCGGUGUGGUGAACGGCAUUCUGUACGCGGUGGGAGGCUACGACGGGGCCAGCCGCCACUGCCUCUCGUCGGUGGGGGCGUACAACCCCGAGCUGGACAGGUGGACCAUGGUGGCCGAGAUGAACGAUCGGCGCUCGGGCACAGCCUAG